CAAGAUUCCUGAGCCUGGGUUGCAGUGAGCCCUAUACCCAGUGGAAUGCCUUCCCAACGUUCUGCAUGCGGAAGUGUUAUGCGUUUUGUUAAAAAAGGGGACGAGUUUUAAUUCAACCUCGAUUGGCACAUUUCCCAUCAAGUUUUUGAGCUCUCCCACAGCCAAAAGAAACUGAAAAAUCAGAGGCCGGCUUGAGCCACUUCCUUCAGUUUAAGGGGGUGCGUAUUCCAAGAUGAUGGAGGUUAAAACGGCCGCCCAGGAGGGAGACUUGCUAGAGCCACUGCUGCGCCUGAGGCGACAGUUUGGUCGCAUACCUCAUGGGACGCAGCCGCCAUCUCAAGGGUUUGGAGAAGAAACUGUGACGGCCGUCGAAUUUACGAGCACCGAGAAGAAAGAGAAGCCCCUUCCCAGACUUAACGUCCAUUCCGCUUUCUGGAUUGUGGCCUCGAUCGCGGUCACCUAUUAUGUCGAGUUUUUUAAAGCUGUGAAAGAGAUGAUUCAGAUGGAGAGCGGCUGGUUGAUGCUCGGCGGCUGGCUGUUGCUGGGGAGCCUGUCCGUGGCCUUCUACUGCAUCAUCUACCUCGAGUGGUACCGCGGGAUUGAAGACUACGACACGGCCUACCCGGCCCUGAUCCCCAUCACGACGGCCUCUUUCCUCGCGGCGGCCAUUUGCUUCAACGUCGCCUUGUGGUCCGUGUGGUCUUUCCUCACUCCUCUGGUGCUCUUCACCCAAUUCAUGGGGGUCGUGAUGUUCAUCUCGCUCCUGGGAUGAGGCCAAAAAACUGAGGGGCUCCGGGGGGCUUGGAGAACAGGGUUCCAUUCAAUCGUCACCCCCUCCCCCAGUCCCACCUGUAUGCUAACCUUGGGAUCGGUACCGAAUCGGACAAAGAUACAGAGUCCUGUUGCAUUAAGCAGCCUGUUGCAAAACGACAAGGAGACCAAGUCUUUACUAACAUUUUACAGAAUGCUUCAUGCAGAGUACCGCUAACACAAUUUAAAUGCUUCCACGACAUUGUUUAACAACGAACUGGGAACCAGAUAGAUGUUACAGCCGUUCUAUUGACUUUUUCCUCACUGAAGACAGGGGAAGCACGCCUGCCUGUUUGGUGUAGUGGUUAAGAGCGGCGGACUCUAGUCUGGAGAACAGGGUUCGAUUCCCCACUCCUCCAUAUCCAGCCAGCUGGGUGACCUUGGGUCAGUCACAGUUCUCUCAGAGCUGUUCUCUCGAGAGCAGUUCUCUCAGAGCUCUCUCGGUCCCACCAACCUCACAGGGUGUCUGUUGUGGGGAGGGGAAGGGAAGGAGACUGUAAGCCACUCUGAGACUCCGAGUGAAGGGUGGGGUAUAAAAACCCAACACUUCUUCUUGAUUAUAAAUAAUUUCUCCUUUGUUCAAGUCGAAAGUUAAACCGUUUUCUAUUGCUCAAGAUAAUUUAAUUCAGUGUUAGGAUCUGUCCUUUUUUCCUCAAAGCCAAUAUGGCCCUGAAUGAUUUGAGCAGCCUGUGGAUUAAAGCUUUCUCUAGACAGAAAGCAAACCAUUGUCAUUUGUCAUGGGGUUCCUUUUAAAAACUAGCAAUUCUGUGGGGAAAGUGUAGCGUGGAGGCAUUAUGUGUUUUCCCCAGUAAUCGUUUGGAUACCAACGGAUCGUAGAAGCCGGAGUGAAGAAUUAAA